AUGCCAAAAGGAAAAGGAAAGGGUGGUGGUGGUGGCGGCGGCAGUGGUGCCAAAGCCGGCGCCUCGGGUUCAGAGAGCAAGAAAGGCGAUACUGCUGAAGGUGCCUCAAAAGCUCCAGCCAAGGGUGGCAAUUCCGUUAAGGUGCGUCACAUUUUGUGUGAGAAGCAGGGUAAAGCACUGGAGGCAAUAGAGCAGUUGAAGAGUGGCCAGAAGUUCAACGCCGUGGCAGAGCAGUACAGCGAGGACAAGGCACGCUCCGGUGGUGACCUCGGCUGGAUGGCCCGUGGCUCCAUGGUGGGGCCCUUUCAGGAGGCAGCUUUCGCACUCCCAGUCUCCACGGUGGACAAACCAGUGUACACGGAUCCUCCAGUGAAGACCAAAUUCGGCUACCACGUAAUUAUGGUCGAGGGCAAGAAGUAA